AGGCCCCGCCGCUGCCCCGGGCCGGGAUGCCCCGGGGGGGGCCCGGGCCGCCGCCGCAGCCAUGGAGGAGGAGGGCAAGAAGGGCAAGAAGCCCGGGAUCGUGUCGCCGUUCAAGCGCGUCUUCCUGAAGGGGGAGAAGGGCCGCGACAAGAAGGCUCAGGAGAAGGUGGCGGAGCGGCGCCCGCUGCACACGGUGCUGCUGGCGCUGCCCGAGCGCGUGGAGCCCGAGCUGCUGCUGCACGACUACAUCGAGAAGGAGGUCAAGUAUUUAGGGCAGCUCACGUCCAUCCCAGGGUACCUGAACCCCUCCAGCCGCAGUGAGAUCCUGCACUUGAUCGACAACGCCAAGAGAGCCCACCAGCUGCCGGGGCAGCUGAGCCCGGAGCACGACGCCGUCAUCAGCCUGUCUGCCUACAACAUCAAGCUGGUGUGGAGGGACGGCGAGGACCUGAUCCUCAGGGUGCCCAUCCACGACAUCGCCUCCGUCUCCUACGUCCGCGACGACUCCGCGCACCUGGUCGUGCUCAAGACAGCUCAGGAUCCCGGGAUCUCUCCCAGCCAGAGCCUGUGUGCCGAGGGCUCCAAGGCGCUGACGUCGGGCUCGCUGUCGGAGAGCGCGGGGGGGCCCCUGGAGUGCUGCUGCCUGGUGGUGCUGGCCACUGAGAACAAGGUGGGUGCUGAGGAGCUGUGCUCCCUGCUCAGCCAGGUCUUCCAGAUCGUGUACACCGAGUCCACCAUCGACUUCCUGGACCGCGCCAUCUUCGACGGCGCCUCGACGCCCACGCGGCACCUGUCCCUGCACAGCGAUGACUCUUCCACCAAAGUGGAGGUGAAGGAGCCCUUCGAGGCGGACGCCAGCACUUUUUCCUUUGCAGACACCCUGGGCUCAGGGGACACGUCCCCCUCGUCGCUGCCAUCCCCGCAGGUGACCACGGCCAGCGAGAGCGAGCUCAGCACCACGGCCACCGAGCUGCUGCAGGACUACAUGAUGACGCUGCGCACCAAGCUGUCCUCGCAGGAGAUCCAGCAGUUCGCCAUGCUGCUGCACGAGUACCGCAACGGCGCCUCCAUCCACGAGUUCUGCAUCAACCUCAAGCAGCUCUACGGGGACAGCAGGAAAUUCCUGCUGCUGGGUGAGUCUGGGGCCAGCAGCGCAGAGCUGGGGGCACGGCCAGGCCUUGGGGUGCCACCGCCCGAGGAGGAGCGCCCCAAAACCCGCCUCUCCUCACCGCUGAGGGCAGCUGCUCCAUCCUGCCCGGCUCAUCCCGCAGCUGCUGCCUGCUCCCACCUGCCUGUGAAGCACCCUGGAGCCUGCUCCAGACCUGAGACUCUCCCAAACCUAGAAACCUCCUCCAGAGCCAGGGAAUGUAAUUCAGACCUGGAAAUCUCCAGACCAGGGAACCUCCUCCACACCUGGGAACCUCCUCCACACCUGAGACUCUCUCCCACAAACCUAGAAACUUCCCCCAGAGCCAGGGAGUUUAAUUCAGGCCUGGAAAUCUCCAGACCAGGGAUGUUUAAACACCCUGGCCUCUAA